AUGAACAAACUCAUAUUAUACAAUUACUUAAAUACAGUGAGUGGAUUGCAGGGGCUCACAGGAAACAUCGAUUUCAGCGAGGGAAAACGUUCGAAUUUCACGCUGGAUCUGCUGAAGCUGAAGAAGGAGGAGAUCAGGAAGGUGGGUCAAUGGACACCGAGCGGUGGCAUCAACAUCACCGAUCCCAACGCCUUCUACGAGUCUCACGCACCGAACAUAACGCUCAUCGUCAUGACCAGAGAGGAGCGUCCCUACGUGAUGGUGAAGGGCGAGAAGAAUCUGACCGGAAACGCAAGGUACGAGGGUUUCUGCAUUGAUCUUCUCAAGUGGAUAGCCACCCAAGUGGGAUUCCAAUACAGCAUCCGACUCGUCCCCGACCACAUGUACGGCGUCUACGAUCCGGAAACAAAGCAAUGGAACGGUAUAGUCCGAGAGCUGAUGGAGAAAAGAGCAGAUCUAGCAGUCGCUUCGAUGACCAUAAACUACGCCAGAGAAAGCGUCAUAGAUUUCACGAAACCCUUCAUGAACUUGGGCAUCGGAAUCCUAUUCAAGGUUUCCGUGCGCGUUCCGAGUCGCCUCUUCUCGUUCCUCACGCCAUUAGCAAUUGAGAUUUGGCUGUACAUGGGAAUAGCUUAUCUUCUGGUCUCUUUAACCAUUUGGAUCGUGGCGAGAUUCUCGCCCUGCGAAUGGCACGAGCCGGAACAGUGCGACGAGUGCGUUCUGAGGCGAUUGCAGGGAGAAUAUCAUUAUGCGGAGACGAUGGAUUGCGAACUUCAUUCCGGUUGCGAAUCAUCUGGGAUUGGAAGCGAUUUGGCGGGAUUUAUCGAUGCGGUUGAGGAUGAUCUAGAGUCGACGAUUGAGGAUGAUCUGGAGUCUGAAUACGUCCUAAGCUCUCUCGAGAUGCUCGAGAACGAUUUUACCAUCUGCAAUAGCUUCUGGUUUGCCAUCGGGACUCUGAUGCAACAAGGCUCUGACUUGAAUCCUAAGGCUACAUCCACGAGAAUCGUCGGAGGAAUCUGGUGGUUCUUCACCUUGAUCAUAAUAUCCUCGUACACGGCGAAUUUGGCCGCCUUCCUGACGGUGGAAAGGAUGAUAACUCCGAUCGAAAGUGCCCACGAUUUGGCCGAGCAGACGGAAAUCAAUUACGGCACUUUGGAGGGCGGAAGCACCAUGACUUUUUUCCGAGAUUCCAAAAUCGGUAUUUACCAGAAGAUGUGGCGCUUCAUGGAGAGCAAAAAGCCGCCUGUUUUCGUGUCCACGUACGACGAGGGAGUGCAGAGGGUGCUCGAAGGUGACUACGCCUUCUUAAUGGAAUCCACUAUGCUGGAUUACGCCGUGCAGAGGGACUGCAACCUGACUCAAAUCGGUGGACUGCUCGACUCGAAGGGAUACGGAAUCGCAACGCCGAAAGGUAGUCCCUGGAGGGAUAAGAUCUCGUUGGCUAUUCUCGAGCUACAGGAGAAGGGCGUCAUACAGAUCCUGUACGACAAGUGGUGGAAAAACACAGGCGAUGUCUGUAACCGAGACGAUAAAAGCAAAGAGUCCAAGGCGAACGCACUUGGCGUUGAAAACAUCGGUGGGGUUUUCGUGGUUUUACUGUGCGGUUUAGCACUAGCAAUUCUUGUGGCUAUUCUGGAGUUCUGUUGGAACAGCAAGAAAAACGCUCAGACCGAUCGGCAGAGUCUGUGUUCGGAGAUGGCGGAGGAAUUGCGUUUUGCGGUCAGAUGUCACGGUUCGAGGCAGAGACCGGCUCUGCGGAGGACGUGCACCAGGUGCAGCCCAGCAACGACCUACGUCCCAGCCGCACUCGAUCUUCCCCACUUGAACGGGGAGGGAGUCAUUCUGCCGAUGAUGGAGAUGAAAAAGUCACCAAUAACCUACGAUGUGGACACCUAGCGCAAGCUGCUCAGCGGCGCCGGAGGGGUCGUCUCGACGUUCACCUGUUCGACGAGCGCCAUCCGCGACUGCUGCGGUGGUCCAUCGAAUCCGACGUCGCGCGGACAGAGGGCGGCCACCCUCAGCUACAGACCGACACCCUACCAUCCGCCGUACAUCCCGAAGAACGCCAACCUCGUCGGCCCGAAGACCGUCAGCUCGGCGAACGCCUGCGACGUCGUCCAGAGCGGCCUCAAGACGGACGAGAUCCUCUGGAAGUUCGAUUGUGAUAUCAGUAGUCCCAAUAAUCCAGACGUAGUUAACAGAACACUGCCGGACGCCGUCGUGAGUAGGACCACCACCUUGUGAUAUUUAGAUUGUAAAUUGAAUCAUACGAUAAAGGACUGAGACGCGCGUAACGAAAACUAAUGUUCUAAUAAUCUCACCAACCAUAAUCAUCAUCAUCAUCAUCUACCAAAAGAAGAGAAAAAAUUCAUAGGAGAGGAGAGGAAACCUGAAUAUUCAAUGCGCGCGUGUGGUCUUUACUCCUUCACUCCGUCCUCGAUCAUCACCCUUCUCACACAUUUACCAUCCAAAGACAAAAACUUUUCCAAAAACAAAUUCAAUUACAUUAUCACAUUAAUACAUAUUUACAGUACCAAGCAAAACAGUCAA